UCUUCUCUUCUCCCUCUCUUUCUCCGUUAGCCGUCUCUUCCUCCUUCACUUUCAGAUCAUCAAAACCUUCAACAAUGGCCUUUGUUAAGGCUCAAAAAACCAAAGCUUACUUUAAGCGUUUUCAGGUUCCAUUCAAGAGAAGGAGAGAGGGAAAGACUGAUUACAGGGCUAGGAUUCGCUUAACCAAUCAAGACAAGAACAAAUACAACACGCCUAAAUACCGAUUCGUUGUUCGAUUUAGCAACAAAGAUAUCACUGCACAAAUAAUUUCUGCUAAUAUUACUGGUGAUAUGAUUCUUGCCUCGGCUUACUCGCAUGAGCUUCCUCGUUAUGGACUUGAAGUCGGUCUUACAAACUAUGCCGCUGCUUAUUGCACUGGAUUACUUUUGGGGCGCCGUGUCCUUAAGUUGCUUGAAAUGGACGAUGAAUAUCAAGGAAAUGUGGAGGCUACCGGAGAGGAUUUCUCAGUUGAGCCAACUGACACAAGGAGGCCUUUCCGAGCUCUCCUUGAUGUAGGACUGAUCAGGACAACCACUGGAAACAAUGUUUUUGGUGCACUAAAGGGAGCUUUGGAUGCCGGUUUGGAUAUUCCUCAUAGUGAUAAGAGAUUUGCCGGGUUCUCCAAGGAUGGUAAGCAGCUCGAUGCUGAAGUUCACCGCAACUACAUUUACGGUGGUCACGUAGCCGCAUAUAUGAGGAUUUUGAUGGAAGACGAGCCAGAAAAGUAUCAGUCUCACUUCAGCGAGUAUAUUAAGAGAGGAAUCGAAGCAGAUAACAUUGAGUCCUUGUACAAGAAGGUUCACGCUGCUAUCCGUGCAGAUCCCUCUGCAAAGAAGUCUGAAAAGGCUCCUCCUAAGCAACACAUGAGGUUCAACUUGAAGAAGCUGACGUACGAGGAAAGGAAAGCUAAGUUGAUCGAUCGAUUACACACCCUUAAUGCCGCUGCCGGUGCGGAUUCCAAAGAUGAGGAUUGAACGUAGGAUGCUGAUUUCGAAAAAUACUGAACUUGUUUACCUGCUUUUGUUUUUACUGUUCUAUAAAGAACUAUUUGAAGUUAAUUUCUUUUUUGUUUAGGUUAGCUUAUUUACUUCUCAAUUUCAAUUUUGUUAUUAGGAGUUCUGUACUUUUUUUUUUAAACAGUUUCUGAAGGCGACUGAAUGAUCAGAUUCUUGUGAAAUGCGAAUUCGGUUUUGAGUCAAAA